CGGGGGCGGGGGGCGGCCCCUGCCUGGAAGCAGCUGGACUUCCUCCUUCCAGCUCCUGUCUGGGUCAUCGCGUCUGUCCGCCCAGCAGCUGUCUCUGCCCUGCUCUCGCGCCCCCCUGGGCGGCUGCCAUGGGCCGGAAGAGGAGGCUCAUCACCGACUCCUUCCCCAAAGUGAAGAGGAGGAAGGGCGGGCCGGGGCCUGGCAAGGAGGACCCGGAGCCCGAGCCAGGGCUGCGAGGGGAGGAGUCGGGGGAGGAGCCGCUCGCACCCCUGGAGGACAAAACUCAUUUAGAGCUACUGAGGCAGUUUGACCUGGACAGGCACUUCGGCCCCUGCACAGGGAUCACUCGGCUUCAGCGCUGGGAGCGGGCAGAGCAGCUGGGCCUGGGCCCUCCCCAUGAGGUGCUCAAGGUGCUGUGGGCCCACCCUGGAGACCCCCAGUACCAGUGCAGCCUCUGGCACCUGUACCCCAUCUAAAGGAGGCAAUCCCGAAGUCCCGCCCGGUGCCCCCUGCCGCCUUCCCAGGGGCCUUCACGAUGGACAGGGGAGCCCACUGCUGUUUCUUCAGACAACCCCCUACUAGAGGGGUCUUGGGGGCAGAGGUUGGAGCGGAAGCUUCCCUAGGGAAAGGAAUAGCUCGAACUCCAGCUGGGGGGAGGGGACUCCUCUGACUUGCCAGUAGCCAUAGUGACCCCUGCGAGCAAGCUCAGCCAACCAGCGGCAGCAGAAUCUUUUUAGAAAGCCAGCAGGGGCUUCCCGGCCCUUGGGCGUGACAUCUGGCCCCUCCAUCCCUGAGCUGGGUCCCUGACAAAGGGCCGGACAGAGCCCAGGAGCUCAGCUGGGCCAAGGGGGUCCCGGCAGGGAAGCAGGUGGGGGCUGAGCUUGCCAGGUGGGCAGGGCUUCGAUGGGACAAACGAAUAAAAGAUAACCGGCAGCGAC